AUGGAGAAACAAGCCUUUCUCCCGCAACAACCGCAAGGCGAGGGUUCGAGCUCACAGCGAAACAGCUACCAUGAUGAGACCGAUUCAGUGGAUUACAGCGCCGAAGUCCCCCAUGAACGAAAAGCGCGCCGCAGCGGCAUCUGGAUAAUAGCCGGAAAACUCGCCUUCAUCCCCCUCGCAGUCGGAAUCUUCUACCUAGGGCGAAUAACCCACGACAUGACACCCGCACGACCGCCCGACCCUGUAUCGCUAGGCAAAUGCUCUCCAGACUGGAAGGAGUCCAAAGCCCGAGGAUGUGUCUACGACUUCAUGCUCUCUACCUGGAUGCAUCCCCGAUGCUUCAAUGAAGAGAUGCAUGAGAAGUACCUAGGCUACAUGAAGUGGAGGAACACGACGUAUUGGUACGAACGAGAACGCAUCAACGAGGUUCCGUUUGAUGUGGCUGCCAGUGGUGAGCACGGCGAAAUCUUCACAGACGGCACGAUCCACCAUAUGCAUUGCAGCUAUGUCUGGGAUAGGAUCACGUAUGCUUCCCAUUUCGUGCCUCGCGUUCUGGAUUCUCUUUGCCGGGAUCCGAAACAUGUUGAGCACUGCAUCUUGUACAACGGGAUUCCACAAUCAUGGGAGAUUGACUUGCCAAACAUUACGCGGGUGUACAAUGAGCCUCACGAGAUAGACUGUUUGGUCGGUUAG